AUGGCCAUGCGUGCGCUCUUCCUCUUGCCUGCGGCUCUGGCCCUCGUCGCACCACCAGCGGCGCGCCGCGUUCAUCAACCGCUGCGCGCCGCGACGCUCGAGUCGCUCGAGCAGAUCCCGACGCCGGCCUUCGGGUCCACGAUGGGCGACGACGUGACAAGGCUCAAGGCGCAGAUCCUCCACUACGGCGCGACGCUCGACCGGGGCCAGGGCUACAACCCGACGUCCGGCGACCAGUACAAGGGCAAGAUGGACGCCGCCAUCGCCAAGGUCGACGAGCUCGUCGCCCGAAGCACCGGCGCCGUCGCGGACCCCGCCAAGCUCGAGGGCCGCUGGGAGCUCGUGUUCUCGUCCGUGCCGCACGGCAUCUUCCGGAGCAGCCCCUUCUUCCUGGCCAUCGAGGAGGCCUACCGCCGC